AUGGGGCUCCCGGCCCUAGCCGUGGCCACCCUGCUGGGGCUGGUGGCGGCCACGCUGGCAGAAGUGGCCGAGAACAGGACCCGGCUCUGCCAGCCGGCUCCGCAGUGGGAGAUCAACGGGACGGCCCCGAUGACAGGGGCGCUGGGGCGCGUGACGGUGGUGGCGCUGCUGAAGGCCAGCUGACAGUUCUGUCUGAAGCAAGCCAACAGUCUCGGGGGCUUGCGUGAGAAGCUGUCCCAGGACGGGCUGGCCGACAUCAGCUACAUGAUCGUGAACGAGAAGGCGCCGCUCUCCAGGGCCAUGUUCUGGGAGCUGAAACGCCGGGCCCCGGAGGGGGUCCCCGUUUACCAGCAGGAGAUCUUGGAGCCGGACGUCUGGCAGAUCCUGGACGGGGACAAGGACGACUUCCUCAUCUACGACCGGUGCGGCCGGCUGGCUUUCCACAUCCCGUUACCCUACAGCUUCCUGCACUUCCGCUACGUGGAGUCGGCCGUGCGCGUCACCUACGCCAAGGACAUCUGUGGCAACUGCUCCCUCUACUCCAACAGCAGCCUGGAGGCAAACGGCACGGCACAGGGACCCGAGAGUCUCACCCAGGCUCCUGAACUGGAAGAGAAGGAACAGGAGCUGUCCCCCCACAAGAGCAAAGCCCAACACCAUCACCACCACAGAGCCAGCAGCAACCACGCUCCCCAGGCCUCCUCCCACACCCACAGCCGCCACCGAGACCACCGCCGGAGGCAGCAGCCGGAGGUGCCAGCACACCAGGAGGAGGAGGAAGGGGAUGUGGUGUAA